AUGCCACCUCUGCCUGCUGAGCGUGUCAACCCUGCUCAUCCAUUUGAGUUCACCGGUCUGGACUACUUUGGACCAUUGCUCAUCAAGCAGUCCGACUCCUCCACGACCAAGGUAUGGGUCUGUUUAUUCACCUGUUUCGCUAUCCGUACUGUCCAUCUCGAGUUCGUGGAUGACAUGUCCACAGCUGCCUUCAUCUCCGGCUUACGUCGCUUCAUUGCUCGUCGUGGCGUACCGCGACUGUUGUAUUCUGACAACGCCAGCCAAUUUCACCUCGCCAGUUCUGCCGUGCCGGAUGCCUGGUCCUCUUUACCGUCUGACCCCGUCCUAGGCGAGUUUCUCUCUCAACGUCAGAUCACGUGGAAAUUCACCACUGCUCUCGCCCCAUGGCAAGGUGGUAUUUAUGAGCGCAUGAUUGGCCUUGUGAAGGGCUGCAUGCGGAAAGUUGUUGGCCGGCAGUUGCUCUCGCUCCCACAGCUCCUCACCUUGCUGGCUGAGGUUGAAGCUGUCGUCAACAACCGCCCACUGACUCCCGUUUCGGCUGACGAUGAAGGUCCUGGUCUUCUCGUGCUCUCUCCAGCUCACUUCCUCGUUGGUGGUCGACCCACGCUGAUCCCUGUCGACACAUCCUCUGCUGAUGAUCCCGACUAUUCGCCUGAUAUCAGCUCCCGGGAUUACAUCUUGCAGUGGUGGAGGGCGUCCAAGUUCUCUUGGAACGUUUCUGGAAAUGCUGGCGGACUGAGUACUUGCAAUUACUCAGGGAACGUGCGAACCCUGAUCACCGCCAGCCCAAGACGUCUCUAUCCGGCCAGCCACAGGUCGGGGAGAUCGUCAUCGUCAAAUCCGAAGGUAUACCACGUGGCCAGUGGAACAUUGGCAAGGUAA